CGCAGUCGACUUACGGGCCGAAUAUGUCGACCGGCCGUGGAGCGGCGAAGUGAUGUAUGAUACGUCGACGGUUCUUAUCAUGAUCGCCAUCGUGGCGAUUUUCUUCAGUUGAGUACACUACCAGGUCGAUUUGCGACGAAACGCGUAGUUCUCUCCCCGUAGGAGGAGGAGGAGAAGGAGGAAGAAGAGAAGUAUCCUCGCGCGCGAGACAGACAAGGAGAGAGAGAGAGAGCACCGUGCCAGAUCGCCGUGUGCCGCCGUACCGUAUCGUAUCGUAUCGUAACCGUUUUGGUGGCGAAGGGGGUGGGGGCAGUGUGUGCGGGGAUCGCGGAGCGGAGCGCGAGGGCCUUAUGUCAAGUCGACGACGACGACGAGGACGGAGCGCGCAAUGAACAUGAAGAAGCUAUUCUCCAAGAUCGACAACACGUCGAAGGAGCCUAACAGUUAUUUGGGCAAGGUGUUCGUCGUGGGCAGUCACACGGUCACCGUCGAGGAGGUUCUGGCAGAAGAAUAUUAGAUGAUGUCAUGGAGUUUUGCCUUACGUAUAUUAGAGCAUGGUGCAGAGAAAUUGAUUGUCCAAUCAGCGAUUGUACUUUGAGAGAGAUAAUGUGAGGAUUUGCAAUUGUAUUUUUGGUCAAAGCCUCAGGUGGACGAUAUGCGCUUAAACGGAUGUAUGUCAACAAUGAACAUGAUCUCAAUGUAUGCAAAAGGGAGAUACAAAUUGCCAGCAACUUGAAUGGUCAUAAAAAUAUCAUAGGAUAUAUAGAUAGUAGUAUAACUCACACUGGCAAAGGAGUACAUGAACUUCUGCUUUUAAUGCCUUAUUGUAAAUCCCAAGUUCUUCAAAUGAUGAAUAACAGGUUGCAAACAGGUUUCAGUGAAUCAGAAGUUCUACAAAUUUUUUGUGACGUUUGCGAAGCUGUGUCUCGGUUGCAUCAUUGUCAAACUCCCAUAAUUCAUAGAGAUCUCAAGGUGGAAAAUAUACUGCUUGCUGAUAGCGGUCAUUAUGUUCUAUGUGAUUUUGGAUCCGCGACGGGAAAGGUUCUUAAUCCCAGCGUUCACGGCGCCGCGGUUGUUGAGGAGGAGAUAAAGAAAUAUACCACUUUAAGUUAUAGAGCGCCUGAAAUGGUUGAUAUGUACUGUGGAAAACCUAUCACUACGAAGGCGGAUAUAUGGGCUUUAGGAUGCCUGCUGUAUAAACUUUGUUUCUUUACACUACCGUUUGGUGAAAGCACACUUGCUAUACAAUCUGGAAAUUUCACUAUACCGGAUAAUUCAAGAUAUAGCAAGGCUCUUCAUUGUUUGAUUCGGUACAUGCUUGAACCAGAUCCUGAUCUACGUCCUGACAUUUAUCAAGUUUCUGCGAUUGCUUUUCAAAUUCAGGGUAAAGAGUGCCCUGUGCAAAAUUUACAUAAAGUCCCUACGCCGACAAUAGAGUCGUUACCGUGCCCGCUCAUGGAAUCUGAAAAUAUUAAAAGAUCGUCAUCUGUCAAAACUCCAAAGCCUGCGCCUAUCGCGACGGCGGUCGAGGGCACAUCUGUGACGCCGAGACAGAGACCGAAGGGACAAGCUGUUAGUACAGGACCGAUCAGUUUGAGCGGUCAAAUCGUAGGACAAAUAUCAGGUCAAGGAAAUCAGGCGCAAACUACACCGGGAAAUUCUAUCUCUUAUGUUCAAGUUUCGCCGCAUGUUUGCACCCCCAAUCAGAAUGUUCCCUUUGUCCAACCAUCGCAGGGACAGCCAUCUCAAAGCCCGAUGAUUAGUCACUCUCCUCUAACUCAACAGUCACCUGUUACUGUUCAGGAUAAGAAUGCAUUUUAUUUUGAUUCGCGGCAACACGAUACGAGAACAAAUGUCAAUGAGAAGAAUCUGGAAGCUCUAUUUCCAUCAUCAGGAUAUCCGGAUCCGUUCAAAGACGACGCGACGGCAAUGCCGCCACCUACCAAAAUUCCACCUCCCGUCGCUCCUAAACCUGGCAAAAUUCUCCCAAAACUAUCUAAUCCUAGUUACCCGUCGUCAUCUAAAUAUCCGCCGGUCGCUUCAAUACCAUCGAAGUUGUCUAUUUCAACGGGGCCUAACAAAGCAACUCCACCGACGCAGGUGACACCGCCAGCUUUACCGAAACCAGUUAAUAAAACGGAAAGCUUGAGUCAAAACAUAAGCUCGAGCACAUCUCCUCCUGACAGUCCGACAUUGUCCUCGCGGCACAGAAGGAAUGUCAGCGAUACGAGUGCUUUUAAUAAUGGCCAUUUCGAUGUUCACAGAGCGUUUGCGACUGAAACCACUCAAUUCUUAGCGCCAUACGAGGCUUCGGUUAAGCCGCGUUCCGAUGAUGCGACUACACCUCCCGAACUUCCAAGUGAUACAAGGCCUUGUAUAACAACUAGUGCCUCGCAUGUACGUGUUGGCGAACUUUCGAGCCUAAUGGGAUCGGAAGGGCGAUCAUUGAGCGCGGAUGUGGCUGCAUGGAAUCCGUUUGAAGACGUACAACCUUUUAAUCAGUUAACAGAAGAUCAUAUUUUCGGUGCUGAAUUUGACAAAAUAAGAAGAGGGAGCAAUACCAGUAUCAGUGGAGUGAAAAGUCGUGAAAGCCUCGUUAUGACAUAUACAGAAUUACCAGAGGAUCCCUUUGAAUCUGCACCCUUUAGCCUGCCAACAGGGAAGAAGAGUAAAAUUGGAUCAAAGACUGCUGCUAUUGCUGGAGGAAAAUCGGCGAGAGUACCCCUAACGCAGUGGAACAAUUCCGGGCUCGAACACGGCGGCGGCGUGGAUGACGAGGCGUCCUUGAUCACGGAAUCCAGCCCGGUCUCACCGCCGUUUGUUCGCGCGCCGACCGAGGAUCGUUCCAAGUACGAGAAGCUGGCGUUCAACGCCGACGAAGUGUCUAGCGACAGCGAUGGAAAGACAGGCACCAAGGAACGAGCGAGGAAGACGAGGCGGCGGGUGAAGAACGUGUUGAGCCGCGGCAAAAGAAGAGUGGCGGCUCAACGCGAUACGAACGCGGACAAUAGUAACGCGACAAACGUGGAUUACGAGUCGGACGAUUCGAUCGGCUCGGCCAGCGAUCUGCGUGCGAUGAAUGACGAGGAAGAAGGAAACGAUGAGGAUGGCGAGGAGAACGACGACGAUGAUGGCGACAAGCGCGGCAAGCAUGACGAGACCAUCUCCGAGAGCGUGCGUACGUGUGGCAGUUCCGCGUAUCAUGCGGAAUGCGAGUCCGUGGCGACGCACGAGGAUGAUUAUAGGAUGAAGAGGCCGAGGAGACAGCACCACUAUCGACAGCAACAGGUGCAACAGCUGCCGACCAUUGACGCGGAUCCGAUUGUCGGCCAUCAGUACGGCGAGAAACCGUUGCUCCUAGACGACGAAUUAGAUCCUGAGUCAAAGCCGGAACAGUCGCACGGGGAUCCCUUCGUGCGACAUCAGUACGGCUCUAAGCCGUUGCUAUUCAACAAUGGCGACAGCUCGUCUGAUGACAACGACGACAAGUCCAAAUCGCUGAUUCAAAACGGCAUCUGGAAGGUGGAGAAUGACGUGUUCGCCUUGGCACCAUUUCCACGGUCCAGCAGCUCCAGGAAGAGUAGCGAUAGUCGCGAGAGCGAGCCCAAAAAUGUUGAUCCGAGCAGCAGCGCGAGGAAUUCGCCUCGUAAUUCGAAUUUGGUGACGCCGAUUUCCAGUUCACCCUUACCGGCUGAAGUGGUGUUUGCGGAUGUAAUAGAAAGUAAAGCGACGGCACUUCCACCGCCCAGGCCUGCUACUUUAUCCUGCAAGUAUCCGAAGAGCAUCGCAAAUAACAAGACUAUCUAUUACGAGGAACCAUCAUCCUUUCCUCGUCAACCGGACGUUCAAACAUCCCCAGUCAAGAGUAAUCCUCACGUCGGCAUCGCUGAAGAGGAAGAGGGAGAGGAGGAAGAGCAGGAAAAUGCCGAAAAGGAUCUUUUUGGUUCCUCGCCGUUCAGUCCCGGAUUCAGCGGAUUCACCAAUCCCUUCAACAAUGUUCAGUCCAGCUUUGUCGCCAACAUCGACUCAACGUCAACUCAGCCGACGAUAUCGACGAUUUUGAGUCCGGCAGGCUCUUCCUCUUCCUACAUCGAUUAUGGUAACCGCGUCCCUCAGCUGCAAUCAUCUCACAACAAUGUAGUAUCGGAUAAUUAUUACACAAGUCAUUCUAGUAGCACGGUCGCUUCAACAUCGAAAUAUGGAAAGGUGACGGUGAAUUCCGGUGAACUUGCAGCGGAAUCUUCCAAGGAUCUCUUCGGGUCAAUCCCAUUCGACGAGUUCGCUUCGCUGAAGAUCAAUGAGCAACAGCAACGUCCAACAUCUUUAUCGCUAUCGCAGUCGCCCAACUACGUGGAUAAUGUCGCGUUAUCCACUACGUCGGCAUUACUCGUCGUCAGCAGCGUCAUGCAAUCCCCGAAGAAUACUAUUGUUCACUUGAUGCCGACACCACCGUCGCAAUCACAGCCGCCGCCGCCACCCACGCCCACUUAUACGAUUCAACCAACCGCGCACACCGCCAGGAUUACCGUGCAUGCGGUCAACAGCGUCUCCAAGGUGGACAUUACGUGCGACAUGAUAUCGCCCAUGUCGCCCGAGCCUCUGGUCGUCGUAGACGAUGACACGCCCAAGCAUAACAAGAGGGAGAGAUCCAAGUCGGACAAAUCCAAGUAUCAUCUGAUCGACGAGAAUCACGGUGAGAUUGUCAACGUGUUACAGACGGCGCACAAGGUUUCUCACAAGAUCAAAUCGACGAGUCAUCACAAGAAAACGCCCAAAGGCAAGAAAAGUAGUACGGCUGCAACUGCGGGUUUCAGCAACAUGAGCUUCGAGGAUUUUCCCAGUGACGAGAAUGAAGAGAGACAAGCGGGACGGACGAAGGUUGCACCCUUUGAGGUGAUCCGCGAAGCGUCGGAGAAACGGUUCGGAUCGUUGAAGAGGCGGAGCAAUCCGUUCACCUGAGAUGAGACGGUCCCGGCUAGUUGGCAUAGAGCCGCUUAUCAGAAACGCUGGAACAGGUAAAAAAUUAGGACGCGAUACAAUUGAUCAACAUGAUAUUGUAGAGCGAUUAUCAAUUACUCGGGUAAACAUCAUUGGCACCGUUCUUUUUUUUAUUAACCGGUAUUUCAUUACGUGUAUUACGAAUACAAAAAUACAGCUAAAACAAGACAUUAAUUCCGUAAAAAAACGAUGUAGUAAAAUCUCUAAUUGGAAAACCAGUCGACAUACAGGUUGUAUUUAUAAUAUAUACAUAUACGGAAAAUGCUUUUACGGCAAUUUGCCUUUCGAAUGCACGAAAAUUUGUCAGCAGAGAGAGAGAGAGAGAGAGAAUGAAUAUAUAAAAUUAUUUUACAUUAUCCGUUUUCGACAUGCUGCGUUUGUGAAAAAGUAUGAAACGAAGAGUAAAAUAUAAUUUAUUUAAUAUCUUAAUAUUGUAUUAAAUAUUCUAUUAAUUUGGAAUGUCUGGAUUCCUUGAUAAAUAGUUACACAAAACGAUUAUACAUAAAAUAUGUAUAUCUUAUUUAUUAUAAAUAUUUUAUAUUACAGUAAUUAUAUCAGGAAAAAUACAUUUUAUUUUUUUAACAUUUAAUGCGCCUUUCAAUUAAAAAUUAAAAUUAUGUAAAAAUAACUCCAUCAUUUUUCAUUUUCUUUUUUUCAAUAUUAAAUUAAGAAAUAUAAAAAUAUACACUUAAAAAGUGUCUAAAUGUAUAAACAUGAAUACUAUAAUUUCUCAAUAGUUGCAUAUUUUUUUCACAAACGAUAAUGUAAUGUGAUAGCAACAAUUAGCUGCGUACGUUUAUAUCAGAAGGCAUAUAGCGUGAACAAAUAUAUUUAUACAUGCCUAACUGAUAAACGUGUGUGGGUGGAUCAUAUAAAAUCGGUGAUUUACACUAAAGUCGGAAAGUAUUAAUUCAUAUAUACUGUCACUUUUUUUAAUUGCUUUUUGCAUUUUUAGAAGAUUUACACACAGACAGGACAGAUAACAAUGAGAAAAAAGACAUUGCGUUAUAAAAAGUAAAAUAUUGAUCUUUGAGAGAGAGCGCGAGAGGUACUUUCCAAUGUACGUGUAUUUUAACGUGAAACCAGGUUGUGGAACUUGGCAGCUCGAUACCAAAAAAAUUACAAAAAUAGGUAAACCGAGAAAGAGAGAGAGAGAGAGAGAGAACUCGUGCAUCUAUUUUUGCAGCUAAGUCUUUUCACUACGUUUGUACUUUAAAAUUUGUAGAUUUCUAUUAGUACGAUCUAUAUAAUAGUUCUUAUAAAACAAUUUUUCUAAGAGAGUUAUCUGAACUAUAUAUACAUAUAUAUACCUGUAAACGCAAUUCGUAAAGGGCAAAUUUCUUGAUGAGGAAGAUAAGAAAUUUUUACCGCGUAUUUACAGUCUCUUGAAGAAAAAAAAGAGAAUAGAACACACAGAGUACUCCCCAUGAAAAUUAACAUAAUGCAUAAUUUACUGAAUUCGAUAUUACAAAGGCGCAGAUAAUAGCAUCGAAGUGAUUUGUAAUAUUUAUCAUAAAAGAACGAGCAGGUUUGCCUAAAGAAUUGGCCUUAUCGUGUAAGACUGACUUAUUAUUUAAUAGUCUCGAUUAACGUUUAAAUCGUAUGUAAGACAGCUAUAUUUCUUUGUUUCUAAUUCGACAAUUUGCUGAUAAUUUAUAGCAAUAGAUAUAUAGGGAAAUUGUUCAAAACAAAUACUGGGAUUCUUUUGUGUCCUUCAUGAUCGAGACUGUUAAGUAAAGCAUAUGAGCAGUAGAAACGACACUAAUACUUGGUGUACUUGACGUAAUACGACGCGAUACUAGUAGGAUUAAAUAUUUAUUGAUAUUCAUUUCUUUUCUCGCAUUGAAUCUGUAUAUGUUAAAGCUGUUAAACUAUUCUCGAUUCUCUAGCGAGUGAAUUUAAUACACACGGGAUUUCGUAAUUUUGGAAAUCUAUUCGAACUAAACUUUCUGCUAAUAUACUGCGCCUUUUAUAAUCGAGGAUCUGCAAUCUAGUUUAGUGUAAAAAGAUAUGACAAUAUUAUAAAAAAAAAAGAAAUGUUUAUAAUCUACGCGUGUUUUUAUGCAUGCACGCAUGCAUAUAUAUACAUAUAUAAAAAAUUGUAACAUAAUUUGUAGAUAUAUUAGCUCGUAUGAUUAGGUGCCUUCCUUCAUUAAGUAGCGUUCAAGCUUUUGCAGUCUUUGCUGUCGUGUAGUAUAAAAGCUGAUUAGUAUUAUAUAAAAUAAACAGAGUCAAUUGUAUUUAUACAUAUAAGAGAUAGUGUAUAUCUGAAAAAAUUGUCUUCAGUUUAGUUCCUAUACAUAACCAGGUGAGAGAUAUGUGUAAUCUAUAGGGAAUUAAAAGCGAUUUCUUCAUGCCGCUAGCACACAUGUUCAUAUACACAGACAUACAAAACUAAGAAUGAUUUAUGCGAACAGAAUUAAAUAUUAAAAUUUGAUGAACCGAUUCGGUGAAUUUGAUAAGAAUGAUUUGAAUGUAUUUACUGAACAACGAGGGAAAUGUUUUGUUAUUCCAAGUCUUAAAAUACUCUGUCAUUCUGUGUACACCGUGUAUAAAAUGGUACGAACUAGGUGCUAAGAAACACCAAGCAUUUUAACGUCCUAAGGCGAUGUAAUUCGAUUGUAUAAAGUCUCUAUUACGGCUACGUAUAUAAUGUAGAUACACACGUGAUACAUUCCUUCUUUGAAUUUUCAUAUACUGUUAUUUAUUAUCGUUGGUUUAUAUAGAUUUCUUCAUGUACACAUAGCAAGAGAAAUAAAUGUCUCGAAAAGUUUUACG